AUGCCACCUCCACUCCCCUCCCAACAUCGUGGGAUGACAGCAAACCCACUCAAGCCUGUGGGUCGGUAUCGUCCCGGAAAAGCGAUCGCAGAAGAGGAAUCUUCUGAAGAGGAAUCCGAGGAGGAGGAUAUCGAGGCGCAAAAAGAACUUGAGCGAAAGCGUCGAGCGGAAGAGCAACGACGAAGACAGCAAGCACCGAAAGCGAGCUCAUUCCCCGGAGCUGCGAUCAAGAAAGCCCAAGAAGAGGAAGACGAGGAUGAAGAAGGAUUCGUGACCGAUGAAGAUGAAGACGAAGCAGCUCAACCAAUCGCCGAGGCCGUGCCCCAGGCUCGAAUAGAUACCGCCCAAGCUCCAGUGCCUAAACCCACGCCAGUCGCAAAGCCAGCGGGGAGUGACGAGGAAGAAGACGACGACGAUGAAGAGGAGGAAGAAAGCUCUGAGGAAGAGAGUAGUUCAGAGGAUGAAGCGCCACGACGAAUGUUGAUUCGGCCGACAUUCAUUAAGAAAGAUAAACGAGGCAAUACACAAGGCGCAGAGGCCCCCGCCCAAGCACCGAUCAGUGGCGCCGACUCCGCUGCAGAUAGCGAAGCAAAACGUGCUCAACGCCAAGAAAAGGCAGACCAACUGGUACGAGACCAACUCGAGAAAGACGCCAUUGCACGGUCCGCAGCAAACAAAGCAUGGGACGAUGACGAUGACCUCGCCGAAGCCGACGAAGAAACCGCCAUCGAUGACCGGGACGGCAUCGACCCAGAAGCCGAGUACGCCGCCUGGAAACUCCGCGAACUCAAGCGCGUCAAGCGCGAGCGCGAAGCCAUCGAAGAAGCCGAGAAAGAACGCGAAGAGAUCGAGCGCCGGCGCAAUCUCACCGCUGAAGAACGCGAGCGCGAGGAUCGGGAGUUCAUCGCCAAGCAGAACGAAGAGCGCGAGGCAACCCGCGGUCAGACCGGAUUCAUGCAACGCUAUUUCCACAAGGGUGCUUUCUUCCGGGAUGAUCAGGAGCGCGAAGGUCUGGACCAGCGCAAUGUUAUGGGUCGUCGGUUCGCAGACGAUGUCGCGGUCGAGACGCUGCCUCAGUACAUGCAGAUUCGGGAUAUGACCAAGCUGGGAAAGAAGGGACGUACGCGCUACCGAGAUUUGAAGACGGAGGAUACGGGCCGGUUUGGCGAAGGCUAUCAGAAUCGGAGGCGGGAGAAUGCUCCUCCGAUUGGAAUUACGGACGAGCGGUUCAUGCCUGAUCGUGGCGAUGAUCGGGGUCAGGGCCCAUCGGGGCCGACUGGUGCUAAUGCCAGUGUUGUCCGGCAGCGACGGAGGUCGAGAUCGCGAUCACGGUCACCUAGGAGAGACCGGCACGAUGAGAGGAGUCGAUCUAGGGAGCGGAGGAAACGCAGCCCGUCACCAUAUGAUGACCGGGAUAAACGGCGACGGGUGGAGAGCUCUUGA